AUGGGCAGCUACGGCAAAUGGUACAGCCCCCACCUCUCGCCAUAUGAAGUUCCCUACCGCCUUCACAAGACUUUGUUCGACCGCCCUCAGCCCAUCAUCCGAGGCGAAGAUGGCACCCCCGUCACCGCUAAACUCGUCAUCCCUCCUCGGAACCCAGCGGUCUCCGGCGCGGUGGGAAUCACCGCAGUGCACAUGAAGAUGGUCAUGAUCGAAGAAGAUGAAGAACAGCAAAAGGAAAAUAUGGAGCAACAGGAUGAGACGGUGAUGCAGUCGGUAGAAAAGGUGGACGAAGACGGUAAUAUGAUACAUCGCAUGGAUCGCAGAAAUAACUACCCGGAUAAAGGCAACAUUAUCCCGCAAGACGCGCUUGUACAUCCAUCUUAUGGACAGCGGAUAGAUUUCCAGCAAAAGACCGUCCACCCAACGCGAUACAUGCCCGCUCGUCACUCCAAGAUUGCGGCCCAACAGAAACUCGGUGCCAUCAAAGAGAUGGAAAUAUCUGACCCAGACACGGAUAAGAAAACCGUCAAGCACGAGGACGAGGACAUGGACAUGGAUGAAGAAGUCAUGGUCGAGGAGAACAAAGAUACCUACACCGACAUUGCCGCCGCCAUGGACGCUAAUACGGUCUGGGUCCCUAUCCCUCGCGACAAGCAGGUGAUCGAAGACGUCAGCUCCGCAUUCGGCCGUCUAGACAUGAACAUGGAGACAUUGUACUUCGUGUUUCAAAACGUGCGGUUCCCGUGCAACCCGGGAAACUACCGAGUCCUAUUCGAUGUGGUGGUGGACGAGUACUGGGACGACCAAGAUAACAGGUUCCCGCCCUUGCAUCUGUGGCCGAUGGGGACAUAUCCCGGUGACGUUGAGGAGAUGAAAAGGCUGUACGGUUGCUAUAGUGGUGGCUACAAAGCUGGAGUGUUGGAGUUUGGGUACAAAGUGAAUGUGGGGUGUCAGCCACAAUGGACUCAAUUUUGUGCUGUUGACUAUUUGAGCGAACACCAAAACUUGCGGAUUGAAGAGAUUAUCCAUACAAGGAAGUUUUACACUGAGGAGCUAUGGCACCUGGAGAGGGGGUUGUUGGCGUUCCAGGGAGAGCAUCAAGCCCAAUCUCUCGCCCAAGCCUCAGCCCAUGUCGCAGGUCAAACCGAAGCCUUUGCCCAGCCUAUUCCACCUACCGAGGAGGAAAUCGAAGACUAUGCCCAGACCCAAACUCCAGCCUACGCUGAGGCCCAAAGACAUCCGCGAAUCCAACCAUACCUUCAACCAUACAAUAUCCAACCCCAGAUUCCGGCCCAAAUCCAGGUUCAGAAUGGGCUCCGUACCCAGGUUGAAGUUCAACCACGCGUCGGAUGCCAAAUCGAAUUCGCCCCGGUCCAAAAUCAGACUGAAUUUCAACCACACGCCCAGUGCCAUAUUCAAGUCCCCCAGGGCCAAAAUGAGGCGGAAAUCUCAGCAUUUACCCAGAGCCAGGUCUAUGUGCACAACUAUCCCACAAACGUCCAACCCCAUGUCCAAUUCCAUGUGGGUCGAAGAAGCCAGGAGAACUUUUCAGGCUGUGAGGCAUCUCCUUCUGAGCCCUAUGGUUUAGGCCAUGACAACCCCCAGUGCCAAACCAAGGCAGAGACCUCAGCACAUACUCCAAGCCAAAUCCCAGCUCAUACGCAGGGCAAAAUCGAUGGCGACAACUACCCCCAAGCACUCCAACCUCAAGUUGAAGACUAUGAUCCCGCCCGAGGAUGGGCGAGACGCGAACAAUACUCGUCCGGUGGUCAAUCAUCUCCUUCCGAUACUGAGGUCCAUGAUUCGAAGACUAAGGAGUAG